CGAACCCUCUCAAUCACGACGAACUGAAAGGAAAAAAUCGAAAGACAUCCUCUGGCUGCGAAAAAAAAUUAGUCAUUCUUGCCUUAGCAUUGAAGACCAACAGAUUUUGAAGUUUAAGAGUCGAGCUAAUGUACUUCUCGAAUAGGCUCUCUACUACGACUACUACCACUGAAGAAAAUGCCUCAAACUCAGAAUGUGAGCACUGUGGACUUUGCUACGGACAUGAUCAGCCCCACUGACUCCAUAUCUCCUUGCCAGACUGCGACUGGACUGCCGCGAAGACCACACUUCUGGAUUACGAUACCUUACAGAAUUUUGUGCUUCGCGAGAGUUACGACGCUCUAAGUGGAGUAGAAUUCCGGAUCUUGCCACGGCGUCAGAGGACGCCGUAUGCAUCUGCCAGUAGUCCAGUUUUCAACGAAAACGAGAUGUCGUUAACGCAGAAGCGCCGUGACCGCGAGUUGUCCGACCUUUGUGUUAAGAAUGGUUUUUCCUUUUUUGAACCUUUUCCUUUGGUCAACCUAAAAAAGUGUAUUUGCGCACUUCUUCUUCUUCACAGAUUAUAAUCCUAGUCACUCAGCAGUACAAGUGAGUUGUCAUGCUGGCUGAUAAUGGUCCUCACAAUAUAUUACGUCUUGAAUAGUUACAGCCUUAUCAUGAAGAAAUGUCGCUUCUUUCUAACUCCUCUCUCGCGACAGCGAUUCGUGGUGGUGCGGUUCACCUUGUUUCAUCGAAGUCUGACCUCAAGAAAACCGCUUUCACACCAGGUGAAGCCAGUAUCGUUAUGGAAAGGAUUACGAGACUUCUUUGUUCCUUAGAAUCGACGAAUAUCAUCGUCCGGAGACUUCUUGAAAAGUCGGCUGUUGUCGUUUAUAGUUUUUUGCUCAUUCGUUAAACUCUCAACUGAAAGUGAAACUCCAAUACCGCGCCAUCAAGUCAUGUUUACUUCAAGCCACAACUUCUAGUUUUCUACUUAGAGGUAGAGCCUCUAUUUUGCUGUUCUUCUAAUCCCUGCGCCCUUAUCAGAAAGUUGCUCAAAGUACAACUGCAGGGGGCAGAGGCAGACGCUCGCUCCGAUUCUGCCGAUCAUGCUCGACUAUUCGCUUUAGAUCAGCCAGUAGCAACGAUAGAUCUGGACAAACUAUUUUCGAAAGAGCAAGAUGGGAGUGGGACAUCGACGAGUGAAACUCAAAGAAUAUUGUUGGACAAGACGGCCUCUUCAUCCGCGAAAAGCGCGACAUGUACUAGUACGACUCACAUAGCGCAUCUCGUGGAAGUCGUACUGCGCCCAGAAUUGUAUGAGCAAAUUACGAACAGGACACUGUAUGACUCAAAUUAGUUUCUUUCAACGAUGAAGAUCAAUAUUUCGCACUAGAAGAAGGCACUUACCUGACACCAGGCACUGCUUGUGCUUUCUGUAGUGUCUGUGGUAUUACAACUGGUCGUUGAGGUUCUGUUUCCUUCUAGCUUGUUGUAUCUAUAAUUUUCUAAUGCUAGCACGUUUUUCGCUGAUAUACCUUUGGGCCUGCGCCUCUUCUUACCACCGGGAUAUCCGCAGCAACCACCUUACGCUUUUUUCGUAGAAACAAGCUGCGCAGCUACUUUUAAGGCACUGCUAUUUUUGGAGGAUUACUCACAGCUUCAGUGCCAUAAAGUAUUCGCAACCUCUUCUUGAGUACUAGGACAGGAAUCCUUUAACCACUCAAUAAAGGAGCGCUCUAAGCUAACCCUCGAGUCAGCUCCACAACGAUUACAGAGCAUCAACGCUUCAACUUCUAAAACACCUGCCACAGCAUCGGGAACAACGGGACUCCUCACAUCGGGAGCGACAACGAAAAUUCCAUUUCAUCCAAAUAUUAGUCCGUCAAGUGGCGACGUCUGCAUGGAUCUACUGCGUGUUUCGGCCCGUUGGUCCCCCGUAAUGACGCUGAGUACGACGGUGCAUGCUGUCAUAAGUUACGGUCAAUGUUGUACUAAAUCUAAAGGAAUUGAGUAAGUAUAAGAACAGAGCAUCAUCAAGCUGUGAUUCAAGUUAUGCCUUGGAAAUUCCUUUCGUCCAGUGACUCUGCCUCUUAUGUCAGUCUGUGUCAAAAAGUGCAUUGCCACUUGAUAAUAGACACUCUAUGAUGUUGAUGCUGUCGCAGGCCUUCUUUUGUUUUUCUUGGAUAGUGUUGGACGAAGCAGACUCAUCUUACCCUUUUCUAAGGCAACCUCCUAGACGAUCCUAAUGACGCCCACGGACUGAACGGUGAGGCGCUGUUGCUAUUCUCAAUCUUAAUGGGAGGUCCUCGCAGGUCUCUAUCGCCGACGUCUCAGGUUUUAAGGACGGUCGUAAACGUCAAGUAUUUAAUUGUAAUUCAUGUGUGGUACUAACAAGUAAGUACUAGCAUCCCUGCUGAAAAGUGUGCCAGCAGCACUGAUUUGUAAAAAUGCCUACCCUGCUGAGGAGGCUCUUUCUCCUUAGGGUAGGGCAAUCAGAUUCUAGUAUUCUGAGGGCUGAGGUAAAGAUACGUCUCUGACGCGAUGUCUCACUGAAGACAGAGGCGAGCAUUUAUAAGUACUGUCCAAACAAGACCGACACUGCUAAAAAUCGACGACGACACUUUGCCGGAGGAGCAUAAGAAAUUUGGGGAACUUUGGUCCCAUUAUGGGCUUGAACGUGAGCUAGGAACUUUCUCCUGGCAUCGCUGUGCAGCUGAGAAGAUAUCAGAUUGGGGACCACUUCUUUACAGAGCACUGAUUCGGUAUAAGACGAUGAAAGAAGGAGCUCCUGAAACGAUAUUCAAAGUGAUCGGAUGUAAAGGCGUUGUGCGGCGCGAUGAAGAGGGAUACUUUUUAUGAUCUGGAGGAACAUCAGAUUAAGUUUUAUAAUUUCUGUGUCAGUGAUGUAAGACUCUUGAUAGAUAAUUGUCAUCUAUCUUUUUACUCCCAGGAGGUGGUCACGUACACGUUGAGAGUAAGGGUAGUUACAGUUAGCAUUUUUCCUCUAAUUCUUGUCGAGAUACGAGAACAACAGUUGCCAGCUGUGGCAAAUCACGACGCUGGUGCAGCACCAUCUUCGAGCUCCUCAUCGUCAGGAUCUUUGAGUUCAUCCACGUCUUCAAUCCUCCGGAAUCGAAACCAAAACCAAGAGCAACUGAAUCCUAAUACCCUGAGAGGUCAGCGGCCUAAUCAUCUGCAAGCACGGCAGCAGCUUGGAAACAGUCUGCUGAGAAGACCUGACCAGAAUUCUUGGCGUCGGUGGUGGGUGAUCAAUGUGAAGCGACCUCUGGAUAUGUACGUGCCGCCACCUCUUCGAUGGGUAGCUAGUUUCCUCUUGUUCCUCGUGCUGUAUCAAAAAAUCGAAGCGUCUCUUUCGACGAUGUCUUGGGCGGACGAAGGCGAAAGUACGAGAGAUUUAUGGCAUCACUUGUUAAGUGUAGCAUCUUUGGUCAAGGAGAAUGCCCAAAAUCAAAAUGCAUUCGAAAGCAUAUAGAAGUGGGCCAUCCGGAUAUUGCAUGGGGAUCAUGAAUUACUGAUAUAUGGCCCCAUGCAUGGUAGUGAAUCAGCGACACUGGGCUCUAAAACAAUCCGCCUCGAGAAAUGUAAGGAAAAGAAAAACUGGGAUGCAUUCGAGUGCAGCACUGCUAAAGGGAGUCGGCAAUGAGCACAACUGGAUGGCGACUUUGAUGCGAUAAUCUCUUUGUUUCUCCCUUUCUCUGAUUCUUGAUAAUACUUUCUGCUGUGGUGCGAUGCUGCUGGAGAUAAGAGGACUUGAAAGGUGUAAAUCUAAAGUAGUCAAAUACAGCACUCAGUCUUUCGCUUCAAAACAUUUAUUUUUCAUGAUGACCUUGGCCUUCCAUAUCAUGAUGACCAUGACCUUCCAAGAAACUACCCACGUAAAAAC